UUUUUCACUAUCAUUUCUUGUUGUCUAUAUUUAGAAAAACCCUAAAUUAUCAGUAAAAUAAAAGUAAAAUGGAGCUAAUAUUAUCAUCUUCUUCUCUUAAUUCUUCUUCAUUAAUGACCUCUUCUUCCUCCUCCUGCAACAUUCAAUCCUCAUCAUCUACAAUCAACAACAGAAUUCAUUUUUUCCCAAAAUCUUGUUUUUCACUCGGACUGAAGUCUACUACAGAAAGGUUGCAACUAUCUAGACUUAGAGUUGAAGCUGUCGUUGGUGAUGCAACUGCUGUACCAAAUGAUUCCGCUACAGAUUGUAAAACAGUUGAUGAACAGGGGAGGGAUGAUUCUGCAAAGGUCGAUGAUUCGGAUGACCCUAAAAUGGUUAGAAUUUGUGACAAGUUGAUUGAGGUUUUCAUGGUAGACAAACCUAAUCCUGGUGAUUGGAGGAGGUUGUUAGCUUUUAGCAAGGAAUGGAACACUAUUCGGCCACAUUUUUUUGAAAGAUGUCAAGAGCGGGCGGAUAAAGAAGAUGACCCGGGGAUGAAGCAUAAGCUGCUUCGGCUUGGAAGAAAGUUGAAAGAGGUUGAUGAAGAUGUGCAAAGACAUGAUGCACUCCUUAAAGUUGUAAAAAAUGCACCUUCUGAGAUUGGUGACAUUGUUGCUAGGCGACGUAAAGAUUUUACUCAGGAGUUCUUUAUGCAUCUUCACGCAGUUGCAGAAUCUUACCAUGAUAAUGAGGUAGAACAAAAUGCAAUUGCAAAAGUUGGGAACACUUGCUUGGCUGCUGUAGAAGCUUAUGAUACUGCAACAGAAAGCAUCGAAGCAAUAAACGCUGCAGAGUUGAAAUUUCAGGAUAUUAUUAAUUCUCCUUCAGUUGAUGCUGCUUGUAGGAAGAUCGAUAGUUUGGCUGAGAAAAAUCAACUAGAUUCUGCAUUGGUUCUGAUGAUUACUAAAGCCUGGUCAGCUGCAAAGGAGACAAACAUGGCAAAAGACGAGGUCAAAGACAUAUUAUAUCAUUUGUACAUGACAGCAAGAGGUAAUCUUCAAAGGCUUAUGCCAAAGGAGGUCCGGAUUGUCAAGUAUCUUCUUACUAUUGAAGAUCCCGAAAGGAUGCGAUGUGCAUUAAAUGAUGCUUUUACUCCUGGUGAUGAGCUUGAAGGAAAGGAUUUUGAUAACUUAUAUACGACACCUGAGAAACUGCAUACUUGGAUCAAGGCAGUAGUCAAUGCUUACCACUUCAGUAGAGAUGGGACACUCUUAAAGGAAGCCCGAGAUCUGAUGAACCCUAAAAUCAUCCAAAAAAUGGAAGAACUGGAGAAGUUAAUCCGAGAUAACUUCAUGUAAACAUGAUCAAGUCUUGUUUGGCUUCUCGAUCAUGGGACUUGAAUAUUGAACUAGUUGCAUAUAAGUUUUUGUACCUUAUGGGGAGCGGUUCUUAGAAUGGAAGGAUAUAUUGACUACGGUGGCUAAGAAGUGAAAAAACGAUAACAGAAUCACUGUUCCUGGAAAGCCAAAAUUAUUUGUAGAAUAUAUAGUAACAUGGCAAUAGUUGUAAAUUUUUGGAGUAGCUAAAUGACAUCUAUGCCACAUUUGCACCUUGUACACAA